CACUCUUAAAAAAAUGAUAUCUGAUAUAAUGAAAUUACAACCCCUCUCAAGUACCAAGGUCUGAUCAGUUUGACUAGAAGAGAAACUAGAGCUGCUAGAAUCAGUUCAUCAGAUUUUGCAUUUCCUACGAACAGCUGUUACCUGUAUUUUUUGAACUUGAAUAACUACAGAGAUCCAACAUUAAAAAGAUCAAACCAAUCACUUUUAGUUCCCCGAGAAAAAUUAGUAAAAUUCACGUGCCUAAUCACAUGACCCUUCUGAAAAUAAAUCACUGUUUACCGAAUCGGCAGGUCAGAGUUGCAUCAUGCAACAGUCAAAGUAGAGCACAUGAUCUCACUUGAAGCGCAGAUCCCAAAUUAAAUUUUUUACAAGUUUAUAAGUAGUAGCAAGUUUGGGGAGUAACCCAAAAUCAAACAAUCCUGUCUCAAUCAUUUUCACUCAUUAGGCAACAAAAACUCUUAAACAGUUAGCAGCACAGCCAUGAAUGCACACACUCUGGCGCUUACAGUUCUUACUCUUCUACUUUCAGUACUUCUAUCGACUUCGGUUGAUAAAGCUCAAGCAGAAGCUCGAUCCAUUCCGCAGGCUCAUUCUUCAUCAGUGCCGACCAAGGGUUCAUCUUCGCAAGCUCUUGGAGAUUUGCAAGCUAACAAGAAAAUUCCCCAGAAGCAGGUCGACACAAGCGUUCGAAGAAUACCUCCAAGCACUUCAAAUCCUAUACAGAACAAGUCCAGCCCUCCAUUAGAAGGAGAAAGAAGUAGAAGAAAUCGGAUACCAAGAUCUCUCAGACAUUAA